AUGGGUUCCAACUAUGAUUGCCCCGUCUGUCUGGAAACGGUGACACCACUAUGCAACAAAAUCCUACUUGUAUCUUCACAAUGUGGACACUUUAUUUGUGACAAAUGCGCUGACACCCAGUUAAUGAAUGUCGGCACCAAUCAAUGCGCAAUCUGCCGUACAAAUGUUACAAGAAAGUCCUACACUCCUUACAGCGUAGAUAAUGCAUUAUACAACUCAUAUUACGAAGUUAGACGCAAGAUAAAUCAAAUUUUCAACAGUACCAGGGCAAAUUUCGCCAAUACUCCACUCUAUGAUGCUUAUCUAGAGCAAAGAGAAGAUUUGAUAUAUGAAUUAGCGGAAUGCGAGACAGAUGCCAAACGAUCUAAGAUAGAACAACAGAUUAGGAACUAUCAGAGGGAGAACGCCAGAUUAAUUGAGGAAAACAAUACAUUGCAAAAAAUUCAACACAAGAAACAGGUUAUUGACAUAGUAAAAACUGAGGAUAUUUUUUAUGAAAUUGUUGCCAAUCGCUGUCUUUUCAAAAAUGAGCCACCAUCACUAAUUCACCCCCUGCAACGAACAUAUUCAGACUAUUUCAUCAUUGAUCAGGUGAAAUUAUCCGCAGAAGUUGAGCCUCAACCCCUAAAUGGAAACAUCAAGCAGGACACUGAUAUUGUACGGGCUAGAUAUGGCACGCUAAAACAACUUAUUGAAAGUGAUGUUGCUGGUGGAUUUAAUCAAAAAUUAUUGGAGUUUACAUGUAGGGAAAAGUUUGAAUCGCUUGUGUUCAUCACACAACCCCAGUAG